AUGAACAACAUUACGCAGCACAACUCGAGCAGCUCAUGGGAUUUGGACAUGAGCCUCGGCACCCACCACCACCCUCUCCUCUUCGACAGCCACCCCAACCCGGGGCCGCCGCCGCCGCCGCCAUUAUCCUUCCACCUCUCCUCCUCCUCCCACCACCCUCCGGCGCCGCAUCCUGCACACCACCAUCCCAGCUUGGGUCCUUCGCUGUCUUCCUCCCUCUUCCCACAACCACCGCACCACCACCAUCAUCGGCUCCACCGCCUCGGCCUCGACAUCGACGACCCUUCCUCCCAUUCCCACGGCCACCGCGGGAACGACGAGCUGGAGGAGAUGCGGAAGCAGCACGAGGCGGCAGCCGAGCACGUGGACGAGGAGCUCGGCGCCAUGAAGGAGAUGAUGUACCGGAUCGCGGCCAUGCAGCCGGUGGACAUCGACCCGGCCACCGUCAAGAAGCCGCGCCGCCGCAACGUACGCAUCAGCGAGGACCCCCAGAGCGUGGCGGCCCGGCACCGGCGCGAGCGGAUCAGCGAGCGCGUCCGCGUCCUGCAGCGGCUCGUGCCCGGCGGCACCAAGAUGGACACCGCCUCCAUGCUCGACGAGGCCAUCCGCUACAUCAAGUUCCUCAAGCGCCAGGUGCAGGAGCUCCAGCACCCGGCGCACGCGGCCGCCGGAGCAGGAGCCGGGCCCAGCGUCUCGGCCGUGGGCGGCCUGCCGCUCAUUGACUGGGCCGGGCUCGUGAGGCCCGUCGACAUCCACGGGCCGACGUCGCCAUCGUCCUCGUCGUCCAUGGGCGGCGCCGGCGCCCACGCCGCGCUAGGGUUCGGGUUCAGCAGCGCCGGCGGCCAGAGCAGCCAUGGAAUGCACUGAGCGAUCGA